CUGCCUUUGCUCUUUCUGCGCGCACGAACCCUCUUUUACUAAAAGAAACUUCGGGCUCUGCUAGUGCUAAGGAGCUUUCGCUUAUGCGAAGUGCCAGUCUGAAGCCGCAAGCUCCGAGCUUCCAGCGCGAUGUGGAAGCUGAACCAGUCAUUGUUCGGCGGAGAAGAAGAGGGCCGAGAUGAUUUCUUAGCUGAAGAUUCAGAUGGGAUCUGUUCUCUCUCUCCUAUGCAGAGAGUCUACGCUUUCGCUGCGUGUCUUCUUGUCGGCCUCGUAUGUAUGUUCCUGUCAUUGAUUGUGUUUGCGAAGCCUAUCAAAUUCGCAGUUGUUUUCACCUGUGGCAACCUUUUAUCCGUCGGCAGCACAGCCUUCCUUAUUGGAGCUGCACAACAAAUGAGGAUGAUGUUUGACUCAACUCGAGUCUUCGCAACUUCCAUUUACCUUGGAUGUGUCAUUUUAGCUCUCAUCUGUGCUCUUUGGAUACAUAAUAAGGUUUUGACCAUUAUAGCAAUCAUUUGUGAGAUCUGCGCCCUUAUCUGGUACAGUUUAAGCUACAUUCCUUUUGCCCGAAGAAUGGUUUCUGAUUUGAUGGUUAGGCUUUGUGACACUGAGUUGUAGCGGAAGUUCCUUCGCUAUUGGUUUAUUAUUUUAUGCCUAGGAGUUUCUGAUGUGUGGUCAUUUGGCCUGCUUUUCCUGAGCCUGUUAUUGAUGACCAGCAAAUUCUCAUAUUCAUUUCUUCAUUGAACUGUUUGCUUUGGUUUCUUGAAUCUAUUUUACAAUUGGGUUUGGGUCUCAAAAACUUUUGUAAGCUCUUUGUUAUCCAAUUUUGUUGAGCCAA